AUGGCCAAACCCAACCUCGAGGCCGAUUGUGCAGCAGUCGAGACUUUGGAAGAUGGAAAGCAAGAUCAACAUAUGCCGAUGUUUGGGAAAUGCUUGGACAUCACAAUGAGUGCCAUUGCGACGACCAUCCCAAUUCUUAUUCUAUCUGUCACUCUUCUGGCACUCGUCUUUGGCUUUCCUAGCAAUGCAUCGACCGCCAAUAUCUGGCAGAGCGUCAUGGCAUAUACCACGGUAGGGAAUUCCAACCUGAAGCAGGCCGCCAGUGUUGCAGCCAUGGGCGUCGAUUCGCAGCAAUUCGCAGACGACAUGGCGCUUGCUUUCAGCAAAACAGCACUGGCUAUUGGAUCUCAGGUCGUCGAAAAGCGGCCAGUCGGACGUGCUCAGAAACGGUCUCAGUUUCUCGUGGCCAAGAUUCCAGCUGCUCCGUUGUAUGUGCUCGUCGCUGUGAACAUGCUCGUCGCUUUGGUCAGUAUAGUACUCAAGGUUGUUGCGUUGAGAGUCUGCAGAGGCGAUGUCAAGGAAGUUCAGAGUAGUCUUUCAAUUCAUGGUCUCGUUGCUGACCGACUCGAGGGGGAAUCAGCUAGACUUGCCGGUAGGGAUGUUUCUGAGUUUUUCCGCGAAUCCAAGGGUGAAGGAACUGCGAAGGUUGUUAUGGACAAGACUGUUGAAGGUGGUUUCGAGUACAAGACCAAGGACUGA